AUGACCGUCACCCUCUUGAUCGAAACCUGGGCCCUUGGCAAUCGGCAUGUAUCUGUGACGGUUCUGGCAGCGGACGACCUGCCCCGGGGCUGCUCCUGGCCGGUGGGCUCCCUGCAAGGACCGCGGAGCCCGGAGGCCGCCCGUGGCUGCGUCGCCGCUUCUCCCUCCCCUCGGCUGCAGGUGACAAUCACACAAACACACCUGGGAGCACAGGGCAGCUGUCCACCCGGGAAGGCCGCCUUGCUCUUUCUCCUGGCCAUUUUCCCUUCUGGUCAAGGCAGCAGGAUUCAAACUGAACUACGCAAAGACCCACACAAAGACUGUCCCCGAUUCACCCAGGGUCUUUUCAUGGCUGGGGGGGCCUUUGGGUUCAGGGGGGAUCAGAUGCUUGGCUCAACCACUGAGAAGCCCCUUUCAGCUGGGGCAGAGAGGCAGCCUCUGGUGGGCCUGGGGGCAGAACCAUGGCUUCCCUGCAGCCCUCUCCAUCCGGAGGCACCAAGGACCCCUAGUUCUGGAUGGAGCUCUUGGUCCGGCUCCCCAGUUGCUUCCCCCUCUUUCCCACAUGGUUCCGCCCACCGGUCAGUCCAGCCAGCCUUCCCUGAUGGACCUCGGAACCCAGAAAUCCCCUCUCUGAAGCCCAUCCGACGUUCCUUUCCUCCGUCCUGGAAGAACACUUUUGGGAGACAGCCCCGAGAAGAACCUUCUCCCUUGGCCCCUUCCUCCCCACCCGUAAAUCCAGGUCUGGAAGGGCCUGAGAGAACCAGCUUGGCUGGGGAGGAUGGUUCCACCAGCACUGAGAGGAAGGAUGAGGAAGACGGUAAAGAAGCCCCCUCAGAUGCCAGCACCUCUUCCAAUUCUGCAAAGUCCAUGACGGUCACUGGCCACGGAGGGGCCUCUGCAGCUCCACCAGGGUACGAGGAGAAGCUGGAGGCUUACAACCGCAAAUACAGCUACCUGAAAUCCUGGCCUGGCCUCCUGAGGCUUCUUGGGGGGCUGGAGCUCAUUUUGGGUGGGAUGGCUUUUGCUUGCACUGCGGCUUACAUCCAGAAGGACUAUCAGUGGUCCCAACUUUAUGGCAACAGCUUCACCGGGACGGACUAUGGUUACUACGUCCCAAUGACCCCAUUUGUGCUGGUGGUGGCCAGCCUGGUGUGGCUGCUGACGGUCAUCCUGCUGGCCCUGGGGGUGACCAUGCACUACCGGGCCAUCCUCCUCAACUCCCACUGGUGGCCCCUGGCAGAGUUUGCCCUCAACCUCUCCAUGUUCCUGCUCUACCUGGCGGCCGCCAUCGCCUACGUCCACGACGUCAACCGGGGUGGGCUCUGCUACUCGGCCUUUGCCUACGGCCCCCUCAUCACGGCUCUGUGCCAGGUCGAAGGGGGGCAAGUGGCCGCCCUGACCUUCCUCUUCCUCACCCCCCUGCUGUACCUGACGGGCUCCCUCGUGUGUCUCAAGAUGUGGCGGCACGAAGCGGCCCGGAGGAGGAUGCUCCCGCUGAAGCCGGUUCUCCAGCCAGGUGCUUCUCCUCAGCACCUGAGGAGCCCUCUGGGCAAGGGACGUCCAGCUGGCCGGGGCUCCAGGCGCGUUGUGUUCUCCGAGGAAGGAGGCCCAGAAGUGCUCCACAGUGGCAUCCCGGUGGGGCAUAACCCCAGACCGCUCAUCGUCCCCGAUUAUAUCGUGAGGUACCCGGCCAUCGGGAGUCCGGCUGAGCGAGAGAAGUACACGGCCAUCUUCAAGGAUCAGUAUUCGGAGUACCAGGCUCUCGUCCGCGAAAUCCAGGCCACGAGGCAGAGAUUUAAAGAGCUGGAUGCCCUGAUGGCCAGAUUGCCAGCCCAUCCUCAGAAUAAAGAGGAGCAAAGCCGCAUCUCGGCUGUCUGGAGGGCCUACAGAGGCAAGAAGAAGGACCCCUCCUUCCUGGAGAAGCAGGAGCGCUGCGACUAUCUCAGGAGGAAGCUCUCCCACCUCAAGGCUCAGAUCCAGACCUUUGAUGCUGACUGGAGCCAGCCGUCCGUCACCCUUUGACAAAGCCCAUCGCCCAUCGGAGGGCAGACCCAGCAGCCCUUUGGGAAAGGGGGAGAAAGGAAGAGGAAGAGGAGAACCAGCGGGGGGGGAGGGGGCUCCUUCACAGGGCUGACAGCCGCCCUAUUGGGAGUGCUGGGCCCCUCCCGGAGAAAUCUCUCUAUGGGGUGGAGACCCUCCUGGUGGGGUGGGAUCAACCUGCAGGUA